CAAAAAAUAAAAUAAAUAAUGAGGAGGAGGCGUCCGUCCAAACCGGAAAAGAAAAAAACCAAAAACAGAUGAGCGAUUAAAUGUUCCUUUGUUGGUUGAGUUUUCUGUCGUGGGGAGCCCAGGGCCUUUUUAAAAAACUACUUUUCGCCACUUCGGGGGAGAGUUUUGGCGGCUCUCGGAGGUGAACUCCGGGGCCGCAGCCCACGCAGUGGAGCGGCUUCGGUGGGCUGACGCACGCGAGAGGCGGGGGACUCUGAAAGCUGUCACUGGAGCUAAUGCUAACGGUGUUAGUUCGAUUGGUUAACUCAUACGCGCACAAAACGCCACUCCAGGGGAAAUCGAUUUUUCCUUUGCUUUAAAAACACUUAACUCGGGUUUGAAGAGGCACCGCGAGAUUCCACCGGGGAGGACGAGAUUUGGAAGUCUGGGUAGCUUAGCAUAGCAUUUCCUCAGUAACACACGCACACGCGCACACACAAAAUAGAUCGACGUCCACGCGUUAAAAUGCUUUCGUAAACACAACACUUGGACGUCCUUUAGGUGUAUUGAUAAGUGUGUAGACGCGCUAUUUAAUUAUUAGAGGAGGGCGAAUCGACGUUUCUCGUGGCUCCUAAUGUUUUUAUUUUCUUUAAGUUGUACAUUUUUGGGGUGUUAGCAUGGACGCUGCGCAGCCCGUCAGCGGCGUCUUGGAGCGGUUACGUAACAGCCGCAAGUCCGCCGACAAGCUGCCGCUCUGACAGCCGCAAACCCGGACACGCGUACACGCACACAAACACACUCCGAAGCGAACAAACAGCGAGUGGAGGGGCGUGAGAGAAGAGGAGCGACAUAAAAUAUAGCAUGGAGGAGCUGUGAGGCAGCUUGCACAAGUAAAUAACAACAGCGACAAUCUGAGAAAUAUGGAUUCAAACCCGCUUAUUAACGCCAUGGAUCCGUCCAUCACGCUUUGGCAGUUUUUGCUCCAUCUACUGGACGACCAGCGACAGCGUCACUUGAUCUCAUGGACUGGAGAGGACGGCGAAUUCAAGCUUCUUGAUGCUGAAGAAGUGGCCCGACUGUGGGGCCUGCGCAAGAACAAACACAACAUGAACUAUGACAAACUCAGCCGCGCCCUCAGAUACUACUAUGACAAGAACAUUAUCAAGAAGGUGAGUGGACAGAAGUUUGUUUACAGGUUUGUAAGCCAGCCUGACCCAACCCUGUCUGACGGGACACACACCCCUGAAGACAGCCAAAGGCGGGACAACCUGGACCCCAACAGCCAAUCAAAAAGUUGUCCAUCCAAGAACGCAGGACAGAAGUCGUCGCCCGGCAACUCGCAUAAGAGUUCUAGGAAUGACUACAUGAAGUCGGGCCUCUACUCCACCUUCACCAUCCAAUCGCUGCAGGCCCCGCCUAACCCUCGGUCCAUCAAAGCUGAACACCUCCUGGAGUCUGUCCCCAAACUGGACCGUACGCCCAGAGAGGUUUCCUCUCCGUCAGUGGUUGGCGAUCCGUCUCACCAGGUGAUCGUCUCACAGCCAUCACCGUGUCCCACGCCUGUUGUCAGCCCGCAUACAACUGCCAGCACCUCCAGCCAAUCACAGAAUCCUCCUGUGCCUCCUCUGAGUGACCAUCCCCACAUUUACCUCACCAGCGUCAGGGACCCUUCCUCCCUCACCCCCCUCCUUCCGUUGGCUCAGGUCGGGGGUUCAGUGAGUCCCGUCCAGCCGCACCAAUCAAUCGUCGGUGCCCAGACGCCGCCACAGGAUGAGUGCAGGGAAUUGGCCAAUGUCGCCGGGUUCCCUCCCCAACCUACUCCCUCUCAGUCCGUCUUGGUCAUAAUCAACCCUCCGCCCUCGCAGCAGCAGCGUGCUACCGUGGCGUCUACACCUUCCUCAGUUGUCCCACCCCUCGCACGCCCCCCGCCGCCACCCAUUGCCAUUAAAGAGGAGACACUACCGUCCGAGGAGGAGCUUUUGGAGAUGGUGGCAUUGGAGGAGAAACGGGUGGAUGAGGUUCCUCAGCUAAUUCGCGACACGGGUGACCCACAGGUGCCGCUCACCAUUGUUGAAUCUCCGUCCACUCCCAGCGUCCAGCCUAGGGAGGAAAGACUGGAUGGAGAAGAAAAGGACACACAAACAGGCUCAUCAGUCCCCGCUGUGACAUCACCGAUUUCAACUCUGGAUGUGAUUCCUCCCAAACCGAAAAAGCCUCGAGGCUUGGAGCUGCCCUCCCUACCCCCAGGCCUUUCCCUGGAUAAGGUCAAUGCCGCCGUCAACAGUUUGUUGGCGCCCGGUUCGGCCACCAACACACUGACGCCUACCGUCAUCACUUCGCAUGCUCUGACUCCCGUCCUGUUGACCCCCAGUCCGCUCCCCUCCACCAUCCACUUCUGGAGCACGCUUAGUCCCAUCGCACCUCGCUCGCCUGCAAAGCUUUCCUUCCAGUUCCCGACGAACGGCAGUAACCAGAUCCACAUCCCGGCGCUGAGUGUCGACGGUCUGUCCACCCCUGUAGUUCUGUCCCCCGGCCCCCAAAAGCCCUGAACAUUGUCAGCAUAUCAUGAGGCUGUUGGCCCUGUUAUUUGCGCCAAGAUGGCAACAUGGCCGCCAUCUGCUGCAACGUACGCGCUCUCCAGUCGGAGUGACCAACAGGAAGAGACUUUGAUUGUUUCCUGUUUGUGAAGAAGAGGAAAAUAAUUUUUCCAUGGUGAGCUAAAGCUACUCCUCAUGAAUAUUCAUGAGGAGGAGCUUUUCUUUUCUACUUAUUUAUUCCGUGCUAGCUGACGUAUUUUACCGACGGUUGAUGGGCAUCUCUUCACUCUGAUCUUUUUUCGAUGGGAGUAUUUUUUUUUUUCCCCGCCCUCAAAGAGUGCUGCUACUGGACACCAGGAUGUGAUCAUCAGGAUGACAAUGGACAGAUUUUCUUAUUCAAAGAAAUGUUUUGUUUUGGAGCGCCUGCAAACAUUCCUCGAAGGCCGUCAGAGUCUUGUCAGGAGAUUCCUGGCUUCAUUCCAUCUGCAGGCUUGCUUGUUGAGCAUCUCCACUGGAGGACGCCUUCUGCUGCAGCUUCAAAGCCACGAUGUCUUUGUUUACUGGAAAACUGUUUUGACACGUACUGCGACCCCCUCCCCUCACCCAACGUGACGGUUGAUGGUGUCCUUGAGCAAAUCAAAGAGGACAGAAGAACAAGAAGUCAUUACUUUGAUGCUUGCAUGGUCACCACAGCAUCUCAACAUUGACUGUUGUUUCGAUAUACACAUUUAUGCUCGAUGCAGUGAAACCACUUUGGACCUGAGUGACAUGUUGACUGUUUUUCGGCCUUUUGGGCAGAGGGGUUAGUAAGUAACUCCGUGGGUGCUGCGCAUUGAACCGUGGGCUCAAUCCCCAUAGGACGAUUGGAUGAAAAAAAUUGAAAGCCUCCAAAUAGGCGGUGGGCCAAGUAUGCCCACGGGCCACACACAGCGAGUGACUUCUUCAAUCAGACCCGCUGAGCGUGUACAUUAUCAAGAGCCCUGUUAGAGUUAUUGAAUUUAUGUAAGUUUUUUUCCCUCGUCAAAUAGAUGUAUUGAAAUUGAUUUUUUUUUCCAUUUUUCAUUCAUUGAAUAAUUUGUCAAUACAAAAUAAUUCUAUUUUUAUCAAAAAUGGUUGAAAGUGAAUAAGAAAGUAUAGAAAAAAAUAAGAGAAAAAUACUGAUUAUUUUGCUAAAAUACUGUAUUUACAUAAGUACAAACAUUUUAGUAAAAUAAUUAAAAGUUGUAUUUAAUUAUUUGUUAACCAUAAUUGGCUCUGUAAUUAACAAUUUACAAUUUUAGCUUUUUUUAAAUUUUAUUUUGUACCUGAUCAGGCCCAUUCGUUCGUUUUCAAAAUCAACAUCUCAAACGUUUACUCACCUUUGCCCAAAAGCUUGUGCAUCCCCGUCAAAAAAAUUAAGCUGCCAAAGAUGUCCAAUUAGAGCCAAGUACAGUUUGGUCCCGAGGGGAAAAAAAAAAUCCCCAACUCUCCGCACGAUGAGACGACGGCGCCGUUUCCCAUUCUCUUUAACGCAGCACUUGAGGCUUUGCGUAUGACUGUUCUAUUUUUCUAGUAGAGAGCCACUGCUUUAUUUUGUCUAUUGAAGAGAACAAGAAGAAAGAAAGAAAAAGCCUUAAAGUUGUUGCCAGUGACGCAGCAGGAUGUGAUGUUGGGAGUAAUCUUAUUAUUUUAUUUUGUUUUUUCAAAAGUGGGGAUGGCCCCACACCAAGCCAUUUAUCAUGGAACGGUUUGGAUGAACUUUUCCUUUCACCAGCAGAGCAGGAAGAAUGUUUUUAUACUGAUGACGUCAGGAUCGGCUGUUGGGGUCUUAUUAGUGCUAAUAGGUGGGUGUUUCUUUGUGGGAGGGGGGGUGCAGUGGCGAUACUUCACAAGUUGAUAUUUUAUCUUCUCUUUUCUGUACAAAGAGCUUAAAUGAUGUGUAAAUGCUGGGUGGUGGGUGGGCUGGGGAUUUAGUGUAUAAUGUUGACGCAAUCCUCUUUGGCCCUGCCCUUCCUUACCUGCCAUUGACUAAGAAGUGUAUUGAUGUAACAGGGGCAGGAAUUUAUUUUUCUGAGACUUAUUCAUAUUUACUGAAAAUAUAAAGACAAAUUAUUUUUAUGGGUCGCGUUCUCCCUUCUCGUGUUUGUUAAUGUUGUACAGAUGUCUGUUUUUCUGACGUGUACACACACACACACACACACACACACACACACACGUACACAUAUGGGGUGAAGUGUUAUAAAAUUGUCCAAUUCAAACUGCUGAGUCAUCACUUUUGUAUGAUUUUUUUUUUGUGUGUGUUCUUGCAUAUUUAGCACUUACAUUUUUGGGAUCACAAAGACAAUUUUAAUCUCAAACAAUAGCAUUUGAGUGAAAUAAAAAGUUCAUUCAUUCAUCCA